AUGCCGGAAACCUCCAAAAUGAAUGGCUAUGCAAAAACAAACGGCCACAGUUAUGACAUGGAAGAUGGAUCAGUGUUCCUAUUUACAUCAGAAUCCGUUGGCGAGGGCCAUCCAGACAAGAUGUGCGAUCAAAUAAGUGAUGCUAUCCUCGACGCUCAUCUAUCCCAAGACCCUGACGCAAAAGUUGCAUGUGAAACGGUUACAAAGACUGGGAUGGUCUUGUUGUGCGGUGAAAUCACAUCAAAAGCUAUUGUUGAUUACCAGAAGGUUGUGAGGGAAACUGUGAAACAUAUCGGCUAUGAUGAUUCUUCAAAAGGGUUUGAUUACAAGACAUGCAGCGUGAUGCUGGCAUUGGAUCAACAAUCACCAAAUAUCGCUGCAGGGGUGCAUGAGAACAGAAAUGAUGAAGAAGUUGGGGCUGGUGAUCAGGGAUUAAUGUUUGGCUACGCUACUGAUGAAACGGAGGAAUGUAUGCCUCUAACUGUUGUACUCGCUCACAGACUCAACCAGAAAAUCGCAGAACUUCGGCGCAACGGCGAGUUUUGGUGGGCGCGUCCAGACUCAAAGACACAGGUAACUUGCGAGUACACUUUUGCCGGAGGCGCGACCGUGCCCCGUAGAGUACACACCGUUGUCGUCUCCUUGCAACAUUCUGAGAAGAUCACCCUUGAAACACUCCGUGACGAAAUAAGGGAGAAGGUGAUCAAAGAAGUUAUUCCAGCACAAUAUCUCGACGAGAAAACCGUGGUGCACAUAAACCCCUGCGGACUUUUCACCAUCGGUGGACCUCAAUCGGAUGCUGGUUUGACUGGCCGUAAGAUAAUCGUAGACACAUACGGAGGGUGGGGCGCCCACGGUGGCGGAGCUUUUUCCGGAAAGGACUUCACAAAGGUCGAUCGCUCUGCUGCAUACGCUGCACGUUGGGUAGCAAAGUCUCUCGUCAAGGCUGGUCUCUGCCGUCGUUGCAUGGUUCAGGUUGCUUAUGCUAUUGGAGUUGCAAAACCCCUGUCUAUCACAGUCUUCGACUACGGCACAUCACACAAGACUCAACAACAACUUCUUUCCAUUGUUCUCAAGAACUUUGACCUUCGACCGGGAAAAAUUGUUAAGGACCUGAAUCUGAAAGCGCCUAUAUAUCAGCGCACAUCGACGUACGGUCACUUCGGACGGGAGGGCUUCCCGUGGGAGACUCCGAAGCCCCUCGUCGUAGAUUGA